AUGAUCAAAAAUUAUGUGAUUGCCGUGGACAUCGGCACGACGACAAUCCGCGCGUGUCUUUACGAUGAUCGGUGUCAAUUGGUGACCGUCUCACAGGAUACGAUGGAGAUCCUCCGCCUCGACCCCCGUACUCAGCAAGCGGUUCGUUCUCGUCCGAAAAACCCGUCAGCCGCCGAUAUUCUCCCCUCUCUUUUGCCACCGCUUCUCCCAAAGCUGAGACCCUCGAAAAAGUCCAAACCUCAUUUGAACCAAGAUGUCGGUGCUGGGGCAACUGACGAGAUGUUGGUGGAAAUCGACCCCGAGAGAAUGUUCCAACAGUUCACCCAGGUCAUCAAGAAUGUUUUGGAAAAAGUCCCCGACGAGAAGAACAUCCGACUCUCGAUGGGGUUGUGCUGUUUGAGGAACUCGUUCAUUCUGUGGGACAAAAUGUCGCUGAAGCCAGUCUCUCGAUUCGUUGUUUGGAGUGACACGAGAGCUCGAAAGAGGUGCGCCGAAUGGAAUGCAUCGUGGACGAUCAAGGGAAUGAAUAUCGUCGGUGGUUUGCUUUACAAAUUGACGCGUAAACCCCGGUACAAAGCCGCGCAAAUCUUCAAAUUCAUUGGUGGACUCGUUUCGCAUCGUUUAAUGGUCACAAUUGAAGAGAGUGACAAGGCUCAAGAAUUAGCCAGACUCAACCGGUUGGGCUUUGGCUGUAUCGAGUCGUGGUUGUUGUGGAAAUUAAGCGAAGGAAAAGUGCUUUUAUCGGAGACAGGCAAUACGUCAUCAACAGGAAUGUACGAUCCAUUCAUUGCUGACUAUAACUUCAUGAUCUUGAAAUUAAUCGGCUUCCCGACGAAACUCCUCAAUCCGUUGUGCGAAUCAGCGAAAAGGGAGCCUUUUCUCAAAGUGGACACGAAAUUCUUCGGACAUCCGAUUAAUGUGCACUGUUUGCUAGCCGAUCAACAAGCUGCCCUUUACGGUGUCGGCGGGGUGCGCAAGGGUGACGUGAAGAUCUCCCUUGGAACCGGCACCUUCGUCGACCUCAACACCGGCUCCACGCCGCAUGCCUCGAUGAGUGGCACGUAUCCACUUGUCGGUUGGCGGUUGAACGGUAAAAACACCUAUAUUGCUGAGGGAAACGAUCACGACACGGCGGUUUUGCUCGGCUGGGCACAAUCAGCUGGCCUCUUUGAUGAUGUGACGAAGACGUCAGCGAUGGCUGAAUCCACUCACAACCCUGGCGUCUACUUUGUCCCAGCUUUCGGAGGCCUCCAAACGCCGAUCAAUGACGACAACGCUUGUUGUGGUUUUCUCGGGCUGAGACCGAAAACCACGAAAGAGCAAAUGGUCCGGGCUAUCCUCGAAGCAAUCGCUUUCCGCGUCUAUCAGAUUUGGUCGGCGAUGAGCGAGGAAUUCGGUUUCAAAGUGCCGCCAAGAGUCAGAAUCUGCGGCGGAGUGGCGAAUAACGAUUUCGUUUGUCAAUGUGUGUCUUCAUUACUCAACCUUCCGAUGGAAAGGGUAACCGAGGGAGGAACGGCCGCCAGUAAAGGAGUCGCCUUGAUGACCGGCUUGAUGCAAGGUCUCUGGACUGAGGACGAGAUCGAGGCAAAGAUCGGCGUCGAGAAAGUUUUCCAACCCGACCCGAAAAUGCGGGAAACUCUGCUGGCAACGUUCCGCAAAUGGAAACACGCCGUCGAUCGGUGCUCUAAUUUCUACGAU